GUCUCGUCUUGGCUCGUCUCGCCAGGUUUCAUUUUUCUCCUUCUUCGAGCAGAUCCGCUCGCUGUUGGCUAGACGUGUUUCUGCUUUCGAUGAACAAGAUAGCUCUUUCACUGUUCCUGGGCCAGGACAAAUUUCCCCUGGAGGACUCGUCUGCUAGCUCCGUAUCAGCAAUUGUCAUCAACCAGGGUCAUCAUGGAGGCACUGAAGAACUACAAGUGUGGUGUGAGAACCACCAACUCCCCGGCAAUCAAGAAUGCUCCGCUACCAGCUGAUGGUGCCGGCUCGAAGCACUUCAACAACUGGGUCUUAUUAGCAAUUAUGUUGUUCAUUCCGUUUCAGUUGACGAGAACCGUCGGCUUGGGCUUCAAGACGUUCCUCUUUUUUUUCCUUGUGUUGGCGAUUCCGAUCUUGAUGGCAUGGUGGACUCUAUUGUCCACGUAUUCUCCAAGAUUGAACGAAAAGGCUAAGUUCCCAAACAAGGGUGUCGAGUACUACUUGGACUUCCACGAUGAGGAGCUUGCAGCCAAGUACAAGGGCCUCAACAAAAUCCCAAUGGAAACCUUCCACGAGUUGUACUUUGCCAACAAGGUCUCCUUCAAGGGUGACGCUUUGGACGUGAUGGAGUUCAGACACGACUGGGCCCAGUUCCGGUUCACCUUGGGCUUGUUCAAGUUCUUCUUGUUUGGUUUCGUUCCAGAGGUCAUCAUGCACACGAGAUCCCAGGACGAAGAACAAGUCAGAGACCACUACGACAGAGGUGACGAUUUCUACGAGUGGUUCUUGGGUCCAAGAAUGAUCUACACUUCCGGUAUCAUCCACAACAUCAACGUUGAGGAACCUUUGGAACAGUUGCAAGACAACAAGCUUAAGGUUGUUUGUGAAAAGUUGGUGGUCAAGAAGGGUGAUAACGUUUUGGACCUUGGCUGUGGUUGGGGUACUUUCGCUUCCUUCGCAUCUUCUCAAUACGGUGCACAGGUCACCGGUGUCACCUUGGGGAGAAACCAAACCGAAUGGGGUAACAACAUGCUGAAGAAAUACGAUGUUCCAUCCACUCAGUCCAGAAUCGUAUGUUGUGAUUACAGAGAUGCACCACUUCCAGCCUCCGCCGUCGAGGGUGAAAAGGGCAAGUAUGAUAAGAUCGUCUGUUUAGAAAUGUCCGAACACGUUGGUGUUAGACACUUCUCCUCUUUCUUGAAGCAAGUCUACGAUAUGCUUGAUGACGACGGGCUCUUCUUCCUGCAAUACGCAGGUUUAAGAAAGUCUUGGCAAUACGAGGACUUGAUCUGGGGUUUGUUCAUGAACAAGUACAUUUUCCCAGGUGCUGAUGCUUCCACUCCUUUGGAUUUCGUUGUCGGUAGCUUAGAAGCAACAGGUUUCGAGACCGUCUCCAUCGACAACAUCGGUGUCCACUACUCUUCUACCUUAUACAAGUGGUACCUGAACUGGAUCUCAAACAAGGAGAAGGUUGUCAACAAAUACGGUAUCAAGUGGUAUAGAAUCUGGGAAUUCUUUCUUUCUUAUUCCACCAUCAUCUCCAGACAAGGUUCUGCAACCUGUUACCAGAUUGUUUUGAGAAAGAACUUGAACUCUUACCACAGAAUCGAAUACGUUCCUCAUCAAGAAGGGAUCCAGGGUCCAGCUUCCAGAUUCCUCGCUUGGUUUAGACCAUAAGCAUUGAAAAAGGAGAAGCGAAGGUUACGAAAAAUCAUUUUUUUCUUUUCUAGGCUAUUUCACCUCUGUGUAUGUUAACUGAACGCUCCCACUUUUGAAGCAAUUUAUGCUGCAUUACUCUUAGUUUUGAUAGCAGUGACCAAUUCUAGAUUGGCACGCAUUAUAUUCAAAAUUGAUAUUUAUAAAAAAAAGUAAGUUUAGUGAGAGAGGGGGUGGAUAUAAAAAAGAUAAAAAAAAACCGAUGAUAAAAGUAAUAAAAAUAAUAAAGUGAAAAAGCCAAUGUGUUAUGAGAGGUAUAUUUAAGCCCAUUCCCAUUGGAUGUCAAUAACACCGAGAUCUGGGUCAGCAAGAGCCUGGAAAGCGGAAGGACUCAAGUCGAGGUGAGUAGCGUCACAGGAUUCGCAGGAGUCGACAACCUUGACCUUGAUA